AUGGCUCAGCCUCUUGUGAAGAAGGAUGAUGAUCGCGAUGAUGAAAUGGAUUUCUCUCCCUUUUAUGGGAUCGAAAAAGGUGCAGUCCUACAGGAAGCUAGGGUUUUCAAUGAUCCCCAAUUGGAUCCUAGAAGAUGUUCACAGGUUAUUACAAAGCUUCUAUACCUGCUGAAUCAGGGGGAGAGCUUUACAAAGGUCGAAGCUACUGAGGUAUUCUUUGCUGUUACAAAGCUCUUUCAAUCCAAGGAUGUUGGUUUGAGAAGAAUGGUUUACUUGAUGAUAAAGGAUUUGUCUCCAUCUGCUGAUGAGGUUAUUAUCGUCACCAGCUCUCUGAUGAAGGAUAUGAAUAGUAGAACUGACAUGUAUAGGGCGAAUGCGAUCCGUGUCCUCUGCCGUAUUACUGAUGGGACGCUGCUCACACAAAUUGAGAGAUACCUGAAACAGGCUAUUGUUGAUAAAAACCCGGUUGUUGCUAGUGCCGCCCUUGUUAGUGGAAUCCAUUUGCUGCAGACGAAUCCUGAGAUUGUAAAAAGAUGGAGCAAUGAGGUGCAAGAAGCUGUGCAAUCUAGGGCUGCGUUGGUGCAGUUCCAUGCUCUGGGGUUGCUUCAUCAGAUACGGCAAAAUGAUCGUCUAGCUGUUAGCAAGCUAGUCACCAGCUUGACAAGGGGAUCUGUCCGUUCACCUCUGGCUCAGUGCCUUUUAAUUCGCUAUACUAGCCAGGUAAUUCGAGAGUCUGGCAUGAAUAAUCAGACCGGGGAGCGACCAUUCUAUGAUUACCUCGACGGUUGCUUGCGUCACAAAGCAGAAAUGGUUAUUUUUGAAGCUGCCAGGGCAAUCACAGAGUUGAAUGGUGUCACAGCUCGAGAACUAACUCCUGCUAUAACUGUUCUACAGCUAUUUUUGAGUUCUUCAAAACCUGUACUUCGGUUUGCUGCUGUCCGUACUCUGAAUAAGGUAGCAAUGACUCAUCCAUUAGCUGUGACAAAUUGCAACAUAGAUAUGGAGAGCUUGAUUUCUGACCAAAACAGGAGCAUAGCCACUCUUGCCAUUACCACUUUACUGAAAACAGGGAAUGAAUCCAGUGUUGAUCGCUUGAUGAAGCAAAUCACAAAUUUCAUGUCUGACAUUGCUGAUGAAUUCAAAAUUGUUGUGGUAGAGGCCAUAAGAUCACUGUGUUUGAAGUUCCCUCUCAAGUAUAGAUCUCUGAUGAACUUUUUAAGCAACAUUUUGAGGGAAGAAGGUGGUUUUGAUUACAAAAAGGCCAUUGUUGACUCAAUCGUGAUUCUCAUUAGAGAUAUUCCCGAUGCUAAAGAAAGUGGUCUACUGCACUUGUGUGAAUUUAUUGAAGAUUGUGAAUUUACAUAUCUUUCUACCCAGAUUCUCCAUUUUCUUGGGAAUGAAGGGCCGAAGACGUCAGAUCCAAGCAAAUAUAUCCGCUAUAUCUAUAAUCGGGUAAUUUUGGAGAAUGCAACUGUAAGGGCUGCUGCUGUUAGUACAUUGGCAAAGUUUGGGGCUAUGGUUGAUUCGUUGAAGCCCCGUAUAUUUGUCCUUUUGAAGCGAUGUCUCUUUGACAAUGAUGAUGAGGUUCGUGAUAGGGCUACACUUUACUUGAACACUCUUGGAGGGGAUGGCACUGUAGUUGAAACUGAUAGCGAAGCGAAGGAGUUCCUGUUUGGCUCAUUUGAUGUCCCAUUGGGCAACAUGGAGACGAGUUUGAAGAAUUAUGAACCUUCUGAAGAACCUUUUGACAUUAAUGCUGUACCAAAGGAGGUCAAAUCUCAACCUCUUGCAGAGAAAAAGGCUCCUGGCAAAAAGCCAACAGGAUUGGGUGCUCCCCCUAGUGCUCCAACUUCUGCAGCUGAUGCUUACGAAAAGACUCUUCUUUCUAUUCCUGAAUUUGCAAGCUUUGGAAAGCUUUUCAAGUCAUCUGCCCCGGUGGAGCUUACAGAAGCUGAAACCGAGUACGCUGUUACUGUCAUCAAGCACAUAUUUAGCAACCAUGUUGUGUUUCAGUACAACUGCACCAAUACCAUACCUGAGCAGUUACUAGAAAAUGUUAUUGUGGUUGUGGAUUCUUCAGAAGCUGAGGAAUUCGCUGAGGUCGCCUCUAAACCUCUGAGGUCACUUCCAUACGAUACCCCAGGGCAAACAUACGUUGCUUUUGAGAAACCAGAAGGAGUUACAGCUGUUGGGAAAUUCUCAAAUGUAUUACGCUUCAUUGUCAAAGAGGUUGAUCCAUCAACUGGUGAAGCCGAAGAUGAUGGCGUUGAAGAUGAAUACCAGCUGGAGGAUCUUGAAGUUGUUGCCGCAGAUUACAUUCUGAAAGUGGGUGUUUCCAACUUUAGAAAUGCAUGGGAAAGCAUGGGGCCAGAUUGUGAAAGGGUGGAUGAAUAUGGUCUUGGCCCUAGAGAAAACUUGGCUGAAGCUGUUAAUGCUGUUAUUAAUCUUCUUGGUCUUCAGCCCUGUGAGGGCACUGAAGUAGUCCCAAACAACUCAAGAUCGCAUACAUGUUUAUUAUCCGGGGUAUAUAUUGGCAACGUGAAGGUGCUUGUUCGACUAUCUGUUGGAAUUGAUGCGCAGAAAGAGGUUGCCAUGAAGUUGGCUGUCAGAUCUGAGGAUGAAUCUGUCAGUGAAGCCAUCCAUGAAAUAGUAGCUAGCGGCUAA